CUUUUCUCUUCCUUAUCACUAUUAUAUAUACUUUUGUUCAGUGCAGAAGUUCCUCAUCAUCCACUCACUUUCACUGAUCACAGCACCCCACAUAGUUUUAGCUUCAUUUCUUGCUUGAAUGGCAUCUGGGGAGCUUAUUACUAUGAAUUGGAUUAUGAAUAUAGGGGCAGUGGUAGUAGUGGUUUUGGGUUUGUGGUGUGGGGUGGGAGAAGCACAACAACAAGUACCUUGUUACUUUAUUUUUGGGGACUCUUUGGUGGAUAAUGGUAACAACAACCAACUCACAUCUUUGGCCAAAGCAAAUUACCUCCCUUAUGGGAUUGAUUUUCCUGCUGGCCCAACUGGAAGGUUUUCCAAUGGCAAAACUACUGUUGAUGUAGUCGCUGAGCUUUUGGGGUUCAAUGGUUACGUACGUCCCUAUUCAACAGCUAGAGGCCGAGACAUACUCAGUGGAGUCAAUUAUGCUUCUGCAGCUGCUGGAAUUAGAGAAGAAACUGGACAGCAACUGGGAGCACGUAUCAGUUUUAGAGGGCAGGUGCAAAAUUACCAAAGGACAGUGUCCCAGAUAGUAAAUAUACUUGGAGAUGAGAACAGAACUGCAAAUUACCUGAGCCAGUGCAUUUAUUCAAUUGGAUUGGGUAGCAAUGAUUACCUUAACAACUAUUUCAUGCCUCUUGUUUAUUCUACCAGCAGGCAAUACACACCACAGCAGUAUGCUAAUGUUCUUAUUCAAGCAUAUGCUCAACAACUCAGGAUUAUGUACAACUAUGGAGCAAGGAAAAUGGCAUUAUUUGGGGUUGGUCAAAUAGGAUGCAGCCCUAAUGAAUUGGCCCAAAACAGCCCAGACGGUAGAACAUGUGUGGCAAGAAUCAAUUCUGCAAACCAAUUGUUCAACAACGGAUUGAAAUCUCUUGUUGAUCAACUCAACAACCAGCUGCCAGAUGCAAGAUUCAUCUAUGUAAACGUUUAUGGUAUUUUUCAAGAUAUCAUAAGCAACCCAUCAUCCUAUGGUUUCAGAGUGACAAAUGCUGGGUGUUGUGGGAUAGGAAGGAACAAUGGUCAAAUUACAUGUUUGCCCCUGCAGCCCCCAUGCAGGAACAGGAAGGAAUACUUGUUUUGGGAUGCUUUUCAUCCAACUGAAACAGCCAAUACUAUUAUUGGUAGGAGAGCUUACAAUGCUCAAUCUUCAUCGGAUACUUACCCUAUUGAUAUCAAUCGCUUAGCUCAGAUAUGAAGAGAGGGUCUUGCAGUGGCAAUAAGCUGUGCCACUAGUACUGUCUUUGUAAUGUGGUGUUUUGUUUUAAGGCAUGUAAGAGUAGUAACUACUCUUUUUCUCUUUUUUGUGUUCUCAAGUCUAAGUGUAAUUUGUCAAAAAUUUUGGUUAAGGCUCGCAUGUUGAUAGCCAAUAAUUCCUAUUGGCUGAUUAUAUUUUCCUCCAAAAUUAAUAAAAUGAAAUCAUUUGCUUUCAGCA